AAGUCCGAAAAACACAAAACAACGCAACAGUUGUGGCCAUUACGGGAUAGAGGUGCAGUUCGAAUCCCACAGAGAACUUCCAGAUCCAGAUGGUCAAAAGGUACAAGAGGUUUCCACUGAGGAGCAGGGAAACUUGGAGGAAAAGCCGGAACAGGAAACUGAAAGAGCGAGUGAUAUAAAAAGAAAUUCCAACGAAGAAUCAGGCAGGAGAAGAAGAAAGUCCAAGUUAAAACUAAAACUAUUCAAUGCCAUUAAUAAUGAUACAAUCUAUGUUGUUCAAGGAAGAAAUUCAAAAGGGUUUACACGUGAAUCGCUUUCCAAUAAACGUUCCGGAAAGGAGAUUUAUAAGAUUAAAGAAAUGAAAUUAAAUCCGUUUAAGGAACAGGAAGAAAUCUCGACACUGAAUCCGCAAAAGUCGGAUUGUUAUAUUCUGGGAAGAUCAAAAAAGAGUUUCAAUCCGAAUCGGACACGCGAAUCACGUAAUGCUUCUAAGAAAAUCUCCACGAUUAGAGAGAAAUCCCUGGUUGAAAGCACAUCUGAUAUAACAAUUGCUAACAACUUACAGACAAAUCUAAAAUCGAUGUCAGUAAAACCCAAGGAGCAGGAAGUUAAUGGCAUCACAGCGCCAGUAAAAGAAGAAAUAGUUUCCAAGCCAAGAAAAAUGUAUCCGUUGAAUAGUAUCUUAAAUGUUGGAAAUAUAUCCAAAACUAUCAGCAAUCCGGACGACCAGAACGAAAAAAUGGUACAAAUUUCCAGUCAGAAAAAAAAAACGAAGUAUUCUUUUGAAGAGAACACUGCUCAUACAACUCAAUCUACUACUGAUAAGUUAAAAAGCAAAACUAAAACGACUUCUAAUGUGUCUCAAAUAAAAGAUAAAUCAAGAUUUUUUCGGCAUAAAUUACAACCGCCAACGCCAACAAAUUCUUUUGAAACCGGAAUUCAAGUCUUACCAGUUUAUCCUUACGAGGAGCACGAUAAUGAGGACGAGACCUCCUACAGGAGCGACAGUUUCUACUUAUCGGAUCGAAGGACCGUGGAACGCAAAAGCAUCCUGGACAGGUUAAACUUGAAGAUUCGAAAAACCAAUCUUGAUAUGACGCCGGAAAUGUACCAGGAGAGAUUGAUCAAAGUAAAGCAAUUUCUUAGCCGACACAGCAUGAUCGAGAAUACAGAUACGUCCUCAAUCGACAUCGAAGGAAUCCCCGAUAGCGAUUUGCUCGUGUAUCCGUAUGUGGAAAUAUAUGAAAACAGGACGACCGUCACAAAGGUAAAGCAGCCAAAUGUAUCUGAUGCAAUUGAGGAAAAUUCGCAGCCCAUUCCAAAACCUCCAGAUGAUACUCGUAAGAUAGAAAAUGAACAGCCUGUUUGCAAAAACACCGCAUGCAUUAUAUGCCGAACUAUUAGAGGUAAUCACGGGACAAAGGAAGCACCUUUCAUGGAGCAGAUGAGAAAGGAGAAUAGACGUCGGGAACUAUUGGCAUACAGAGCAAAAAUUGAAGAGCCCCGUAUUAAAUCUUUUAACAUCCUGCCCAAGGAUCCUAAGAAUCAAACUAAAGCCAUUAACCUGCACGAUCUCAGAAAAAAAGAACUCUACACUCUGAAGAGUAGGAGCAAUAUUUUCGGCACUGCGAGUAGUAUGUCUAGAUUCCCUAAGAAAAGAAAUCUAUGUACUUUUCCUAGCGAAUCUUAGUCUAUUACUCAUCUCCGAAAUUGUAUAUCUAUUUAUUUUCCCAGUAAUUCUAAUAUUUGUUUCCAAAAAAACAAUGAGUCAUUUGAUGCAUAUCUCUAUAAUUCAUGCGAAUUUGUCAAGAAAGUGCAAUCGUUGUUGACAGAUCCGCAUGCUUAUAAAGCCUAUAAAAAUAAAUGUAUCUUAUGACAAAGUCAACUUGCGUGGUAUUACUAUAGCUAACAU